CAGCAGCAAGACCCGGAGGAUUCCGGUCGAACCGAGAGAGCUAAGUAGUUGAUUAAUUCACCGGAGCCUCCUUACUUAUGGCAAGAACUUGUUAGUGAUAUCAGAAAGAAUGUGUUUCCUCAUAGAGGAAACCAUUCCUUAGGUGCCAUGUCCUUCAAGCUAUUUCCAAUCCUCAGCUGGGGAAAGACUUAUACUGCUUCAAAGCUUAAAGAUGAUUUCAUGGCAGGUUUAACUCUUGCAAGCCUUAGCAUUCCUCAGAGUAUUAGAUAUGCUAAUAUAGCCAAACUUGAUCCACAAUAUGGCCUGUAUACAAGCGUGGUCCCACCUCUUAUUUAUGCAUUAAUGGGGAGUUCAAGAGAGAUAGCAAUUGGACCAGUGGCUGUUGUUUCAAUGCUGUUAUCUUCCAUGGUUCCAAACGUGGUGGAUCCUGUAGUUGACCCCAGUGGAUAUAGAAAGAUUGUUUUCACUGUGACUUUUUUUGCUGGGACUUUCCAAGCCAUAUUUGGAUUGUUUAGAUUGGGGUUCCUAGUGGAUUUCCUUUCACAUGCUGCAAUUGUUGGAUUCAUGGCGGGUGCAGCCAUUGUCAUAGGCCUUCAACAACUGAAGGGAUUAUUUGGAUUGAACCACUUCACUACUAAAAUAGACGUGGUAUCAGUCUUGGGAUCGGUUCUCAAAUCAGUUCCACAUGAAUGGCAUCCUCUAAAUUUCAGCCUAGGUUGUCUGUUUCUAGUAUUCCUCCUGGUUGCCAGGUCUAUAGGAAGAAGAAACAAAAAGAUGUUCUGGUUACCAGCAAUUGCUCCUCUUUUAUCAGUCAUAUUAUCUACACUGAUAGUAUAUCUUACAAAAGCUGAUGAACGUGGGGUGAAGAUAAUAAAACACUUAAAAGGAGGCCUAAAUCCAAGUUCACUCCAUCAAUUACAGCUUAACGGACCGCAUGUUGCACAAGCUGCCAAAAUUGGACUAAUUUCUGCUGUUGUUGCUCUCACUGAAGCCAUUGCAGUUGGUCAAUCAUUUGCUUCUAUCAAAGGAUACCAUUUGGAUGGGAACAAGGAAAUGAUGGCUAUGGGCUUCAUGAACGUAGCAGGGUCUUUUACUUCUUGCUAUGUAGCUACUGGUUCAUUUUCUAGGACUGCAGUGAAUUUCAGUGCAGGCUGCCAGACUGCAGUGUCAAACAUAGUAAUGGCCAUUACAGUGGUAGUAGCAUUGGAGUUGUUUACCAAGCUCUUUUAUUACACUCCCAUUUCCAUCCUUGCUUCCAUUAUCCUCUCUGCACUUCCUGGACUUAUUGACAUCAAUGAAGCUUACUAUAUCUGGAAAGUCGACAAAUUAGACUUCCUAGCUUGUCUUGUCGCCUUCUUCGGCAUCUUGUUCGUAUCGGUGGAAAUCGGUCUUCUAGAUGCUGUAACUAUCUCAUUUGCCAAGAUAUUUUUGAACUCGAUUCGACCAAGCGUUGAACAACUAGGAAGACUUCCUAGAACAGAUACCUUUUGUGAGGUUAAUCAGUAUCCCAUGGCUAUUGAAAAUGAAACUCCAGGACUGUUGGCACUUGGAAUAAAUUCUGGCUUACUUUGUUUUGCCAACGCCAAUUGCAUAAGAGAAAGAAUAAUGAGGCUCGUGACAGAAGAAGGUGGAACAAAAGAAACUGAAAAAGACACAGGGCAAAUCUUAAUCCUCGACAUGUCCAAUGUGAUGAACAUAGACACUUCUGGGAUUUUUGCACUUGAAGAACUUCACAACAAUCUGAUUUCACUAGGAAUAAAAUUGGCAAUGGUGAACCUAAGGUGGCAAGUGAUCCACAAGCUAAAAGUAGCAAAAUUUGUGGAGAAGAUUGGAAUAGAGUGGAUUUUCCUUACUGUUGGCGAAGCUGUGGAUGCAUGCCUUGCUUCUAAACUUGUUAGAAUUAAGUGA